CAUUUAAAUUGUCUCCUGAAAAGGAAGAAAAAACAGAUAAUCUAAAAUUCGUUCGAAAAGUCUCACUAAUUAGAGAAAGAAAGAAAAGGAUUUUUUUUGUCUAGGCUUUCUUCUCAAGAUAUCAUUUUUUUUAGGGUUUUUGAUUAGAGAGAUGGAAGUAGGAGGAGGAAGUAGUAAUGGAGGUUUGUUAUAUCAUGAAGUACAGGAAUCAAAACUAUGUGCCGUACAUUGUGUAAACACAGUAUUACAAGGACCAUACUUUUCUGAAUUCGAUUUAGCUGCACUUGCUUCUGAUCUUGAUUCCAAAGAAAGACAGAUGAUGCUUGAAGGUGAAUCAAUUACUGAUGAUUUCCUUAGAUUUGAUUCUGAAGAAUCUCAUAAUGUUUCAAUGGAUGGUGAUUUUAGUAUUCAGGUUUUACAGAAGGCAUUGGAGGUGUGGGAUUUGCAAGUUAUUCCUCUAAACUGUCCAGUUGCAGAGCCAGCACAAGUUGAUCCAGAACUGGAAAAUGCCUUCAUCUGUCACUUGCAGGACCAUUGGUUCUCCAUCAGGAAAGUAAACGGAGAGUGGUAUAACUUCAAUAGUCUUUAUGCUGCUCCAGAGCAUCUCUCUAGGUUCUAUCUCUCAGCUUACCUCGACAGUCUCAAAGGAUCUGGUUGGAGUAUAUUCCUAGUCAGAGGGAGCUUCCCGAAAGACUGCUCAAUCUCAACUUCAGAGGCUAGCGGUUUUGGACAGUGGCUCACGCCAGAAGAUGCCCAGAGGAUCACUAAAUCCUGCAAUACUACCCAGUCUGGAACUCACACGAUGAGGGCUCCAACUCAGCCCAUUGCUAGUUCUUAUCAACCUUUUAGGGAAGAACGAAGCCUUUCAGACAUGGAAAAUGAUGAUCUUCAAGCUGCCAUUGCAGCUAGUUUGAUGGAUUCUGCACCCCCUGCUUUCACUGCUGAAAAUGUUGAUGUUAUUCCUCCUCCUGUUCCAGCUGCCAUUGCAGCUAGUUUGGUGGAUUCUGGCCCCCCUGCCUUCACUACUGAAAACGUCAAUGUUAUUCCUCCAGCAGCUCCAGCUCCAGCUGCCAGUGCCACCACCGUAACAACUGAAGUUGUACCUGAAGAUGAAGGAGCCAAAUAGCAGCUCUGUGACAGAAUUGAUACGAGCUGCAAGUUCAAUCCAUGUUUUUCUCGUGUGGAUUUUUGUUUUGUCAGGUAUAGAUCAGAUUGAUUUAUAUAUUCCAAGUGUGCAGACCAUAUAACUGGUGAAUGUGUUCGUCAAAGUGUCAAGUUGCAUACAGUUUCAUGUGUUUAUUGCUACAAUAACGCUUAGUUCAAUCUCUUGAGAAAUACACUCCAAGGCACAAACCCAUUUGGGAUUGCCUCAACAGGAUUUGGAAUUUUAAUAAACAUCUUUAACGUACUCUGGGAUUAAAUUUUUUGA